CGCCCCAACCGGGACUAGAACCCGGUGUGCCGGCUCCGCAAGGUGGAGGAUUAGCCUAGUGAGCCGCGGCGCCGGCCUCCUUUUGACUGUAGUGACUAAGCCACAGCACCUUCCUGAUGAACAGCGAGGAGGCCUGGGUUCCUCCACUGCUCCAGAGUUUCACCUCUCAGAUUCCCGUAAAACAUGUUGUCCAAUCUGAAACCUUACCACAACGACAGAGUCACCUUACCUGUUCCUGCCCUGGGAUUAAAGCCCAGACGGCCCGCCCGAGUACCCCACCUGAGCCUCUGCAAGAAGGCAGCCGUCUCCGACCCGGAACACUCGGCAUACUCCUCAAGCGACCUGCAGUAGCACCCAUGGCCCCAGAGAAGGUUCUAAUCCCCUCCCUCCUGCUGCUGCUGUCGCUACUGCUGAUGCCCACGGUCUCUAGCAACCCACAUUCAGGGGUCGCCAGAGGCCAUGGGGACCAACGCCAAACUUCAGGGAGGUGGCUCUGGGAAGAUGGCCAAGAAUGUGAGUGCAAAGGUUGGUUCCUGAGAGCCCCGAAAAGAAAACUCAUGACAGUGCCUAGGCUGCCAAAGAAGCACUGUCCCUGUGAUCACUUCAAAGGCACGGUGAAGAAAACCAGAGGGCAUCAAAAGUCCCACAGGCAGCCAAACAAGCACUCCAGAGCCUGUCAGCAGUUUCUCAAACGAUGUCAACUAGCAAGCUUUGCUCUGCCCUUGUAAGAGCUCGAAGAGUCCACCCUCCUCCUGAAACAUUCUCAGUCAAAAGGGUAGUGACUCUGCCUGGAGGAUGACCUUACUCUCUCCACUCCCUGUCCUUAUCCCCUAAAUCAUUCCAGGGCUCUCAAAAGGCAUUUUCCCAACAUCAUAUUGAUUAUUGCUUCCCAUAGGGUCUUCUGUUGUCUUUUCCUUCGCCCCCCCCCCUUACCCAAGCUUAAGAUCACCUGGAAGGAUCCAGAAACCCCAGCUACCUAGCUGAUCUCAAUUCUAAAUAUAGGCAGGAAAGUAGCAAACAGAGAUCAAUAAAUAUUUUUAAAUGCAAUAAGUCAAUAAUAUUUCUUUCAAAUAGGGACUGCCACGUCAGUUCAAUCCAGAUGACCCACUUUACCCUGUUUACGCCAAGCCCACUCCAGGUUCUAAGCACAUUCCUCGCCACCAUGAUCCUCACUUUCUCUCCACUGACUAACUUUUUAUCCUUCACUCAUUCAACAAAUUUUCCUUAGGUAAGAGCUAGGGACAAAGAAACUAGGUAUAGCAAUGAAACAGUUUUGGUCUUAUUAAAAAUAAUACAGGUUUAAAAGAAACUGGCAGUUCCUGAGCAUAUAAGGGGCUGCCUUCAGUAUUUACAAUUACUAUCAUCACCUCAUCAGCAUCAUCAGUAACAGUCAUUGUAUUCUGUGGAUUUCCAAUCUAACACAAGAGAUAUAUAUGUGGACAUAACUCAGGACUAGAAAGAUGGUGUAGGGUACCUCAAACACCAUUCAAAUGAGCUUCAGGCUGUAAAAAUGAAAGGAUAUCACACUUCAUUAUAUAUAUAAUAUGCUUCUAGUACGUAUUUAUUAUAUAGUAUGGGAGUGGAAUGACCAGAUCAACCAUCUGAGAAGAUUAAUCUGGUGGCCUUUUGUAUGAAUAAAUAAAAAGGAAAAAAAUCAUUAUAACAAGAAUA